CACGAUUACGCUUACGUUUGCUUACGUCGUUGCUAUCUCCAUUUUUUACUGACACCUACGGUUACGCUUACGUCUGCUUACGUUGUGCCGAGCGCAGUCGAAAUAAAAAUUGAACGGUAGUGGUUGUGUAUGGUUGUGUAUGCUCGAAUAAAACUCGUGAAUUCUAAAAAAGAUCCCGCAAAUGCUCUUCAACGCUGAAACUGCGAACGGUACUUGCUUUUUGUUCUUGUUUUUGCGCAGUGCGUGUGUGAGUGAGUAAGUGUGUGCUGGUGUGCGGCGGCAAAUGCGAAAUUGCGAGCAUAAAUAAAUGCCGUCAAUUGGAUUGUUUGCUAAUUAAUUUGCGGCGAGGCGAGGCGGUGACAAGCGGAAAAGGCGGCGAGCGACGAAUAGGCGAAACUAAAUCAACAGGUGCAACUCCAAUCGGGUUUAAUCACUCCGCGGAUCUGAAGAGGAGGAGCAGGCGUCGGUCGUUGGAGGCGCCGGCAUAGAGAACUUUUCCGAGACGCGAGCGCCCAGCGGAGCAGUCGCCACCACGACGUCGACAUCGCCAACGCCGCCGCGAGCCGCGCUGCUGUCACCAGCCGAGCAUUUGGACGCCAGCGCCGACGAUCGCGGGCGUGUCUACAAGCUCCGGAAGAAGAAAUACCUGAACGCAGCCCACAUCACAUAGGGAGUUGUCGUCGGAGGAGGAGGAACCGAUACAGGAACAGGAACAGGAGCAGGACGGAACGGAACGGAUCGGGUGCUAGGAAUCGGUGCUAGGAGUUAGGAUUAGGAGUUCAAAACUGGAAAAGCAUAAUUAAAACCCGGAAGGAAUCAGCAGCCAGAGAGCAAUGCCCGUACAAUCCCCCAUCGAGAUCAGCAACCGUGCCAUCGAGCACAUCGACGAUGUGGAUCCGCUGGAGUACCACGGCCACUGGGAGCCGGUGGGCGUGGCCCGGGUCCAGAACACAGGCACCUCCGCGAUGGUCACUUUCAGCAAACGAAAGCAGCAGCCAUACAUAAUCGGAGGUGCCCUGGACACGGACAUGUAUGUGUUCGAGCAGCUGCACUUCCACUGGUCGGAUUGCGAUGAGUCCGGCUGCGAGCACACGCUGGAGGGCAUGAAGUACUCAAUGGAGGCCCAUGCGGUCCACUACAAUGCCAAGUACAAGGACUUCGCGGAGGCCAAGAACAAGCCCGACGGCCUGGCCGUCGUCGCCUUCUUCAUCCAGGCCUGCGGCGAGAAGGACUGUCCGGAGUUCAAGAAGAUCACCGAGGGCAUCCGCAUCGUUCAGAAGAUCCACACGAGUGCGUCGCUGGAUUCCGAUUGCCUAUCGUGGAUUGGUCUGCAGGAGCUGAGCAAGCAUUAUUACACGUACAAGGGUUCUCUGACAACGGCGCCGUACUUCGAAAGUGUCACCUGGAUCAUCUACCGCACCCCCAUUUACGUGUCGCGCGGCCAGGUUCAGGUGUUUCGCAAUUUGCAAUCGUGUCCCAAAGAUGAGUCCAAAAAGAUAGUCAACAAUUAUCGCGAGAUCCAGCGUCCGCACAAGGACCCGGAGAUCUUCUUCGCACGCAACACCAAUCCAAAGUCCAAGUUAUGAUGUGCUUGCCAUGUGACUUGGGUCCUCUCUCGAUAAUCUACGAUUCCCGCUCCCAACUUCCCCCAAUUUCCCAACCUUCCGCGCAGUUUCCUCCGCCCAAACGCCUGUGAAAAGUGAAUCCUAAACUAAAUUUUAUUUCUAUAUGUAAACCUAUAUCUGUCUAUGGUUGUCUGUAAGCUGCUUUUGUUAUUUGCCUCAUGUACAUAGCGUUAUAUACCUAACAAACAUGCAUAUAUAUAUAUAUCUAUAUAUACGGAGUAA